AUGCAUAUAUUAUAUAAAAUAAUGAGUAGUACGAGAAAUGCUCACACUCAUAGCAAUGCAUGUCACAUUGCAAAACAUUUCUUAUUGUCGAAGUAUAAAGCAUCAAUAAUUUUGUGUAUUGUUAAUUUUGUUUUGUCGGAGAAAAACAAAACAUUGAUCGUUUCAUUUACGCAACUGCAAGAAGGCAAUAAAUCAUCGAAAUCUUUCGAUGCAUGGGCAUAG